AAAAAGCGUGUGCGGUUCCCGACGUGCCGCGAACCUUCGAACGCCGGUGCGUUAGCAUCCAUAGACCCGGGGACAGCGCUCACGGGCUCGCGCCUGGCUCCGCCGUCGCUACUCCCAGCGCGCCGUGAUCUUUUCGCCCGAGACUCGACGCUCUGCUGUGCCAUGGCCCUCGUGUCUGCCGACUCCCGCAUCGCAGAGCUGCUCACCGAGCUCCAUCAGCUCAUUAAGCAGACGCAGGAAGAGCGCUCAAGGAGCGAGCACAACUUGGUGAACAUCCAGAAGACACACGAGCGGAUGCAAACGGAGAACAAGAUUUCUCCCUAUUACCGGACCAAGCUACGGGGCCUCUACACAACUGCCAAGGCCGACGCAGAGGCCGAAUGCAACAUCCUCCGGAAAGCCCUAGAUAAGAUCGCCGAGAUCAAGUCUCUGUUGGAAGAGAGGCGGAUUGCGGCCAAGAUUGCGGGCCUGUACAGUGACUCGGAGCCCCCCAGGAAGACCAUGCGCAGAGGCGUGCUGAUGACCCUGCUCCAGCAGUCGGCCAUGACGCUGCCCCUGUGGAUCGGGAAGCCUGGUGACAAGCCCCCGCCCCUGUGUGGAGCCAUUCCGGCCUCUGGGGACUAUGUGGCCAAGCCUGGAGAUAAGGUGGCUGCGCGGGUCAAAGCCGUGGAUGGCGAUGAGCAGUGGAUCCUGGCUGAGGUCGUCAGUUACAGCCAUGCCACUAACAAGUACGAGGUAGACGACAUUGAUGAAGAAGGCAAGGAGAGACACACCCUGAGCAGGCGGCGAAUCAUCCCGCUGCCCCAGUGGAAGGCCAACCCUGAGACGGACCCCGAGGCCUUGUUCCAGAAGGAGCAGCUUGUGCUGGCCCUAUAUCCCCAGACUACCUGCUUCUACCGUGCCCUGAUCCACACGCCCCCACAGCGGCCACAGGACGACUACUCGGUCCUGUUUGAAGACACCUCCUACGCAGAUGGCUACUCCCCUCCACUCAACGUGGCCCAGAGGUACGUGGUGGCCUGUAAGGAGCCCAAGAAAAAGUGAUGCUGCAGCAGACCCGCCCGGUGCAGCCACCCUCCCUGGGGAAGCCACUGUGGAUGUUCUGCAACCCAAUAAACCUU